GGGGAUGAAUUUGGGCUGGUAGACGUGGCAUAUCGACGAGACGCUUUAAAUUGCCCGCGUAGCCGUUAAUGAUAACAACCACAGGAUAAGGAGAGAGGGAAAGAGGAACGAACAGAAGAGCGGAGGAGAGCUUUCUAGCAACAAUGGCGUCCGUAACUUCUCCCUUCACCACCACCAACGCCUCAUUCCUUCUCCGACCACACUCCCAGACUCACCAGUCUUCUCAACGUUACUUUCCAGCGCCUAGAGCCUGCCUGAACGAAUCCCAGGACCACCACCGUGUCCAGCUGAACCGGCGGCAGUUCAUUUCACAAUCCGCCGCCGUCGCCGCUGCCAUAGCCCCUCCUCUCUCUCUCAUCGAUCAGAGGCCGGCAGUAGCCGCCGAAGAGGCUCUUUCGCAGUGGGAAAGAGUUUACCUCCCUAUCGACCCCGGCGUCGUCCUCCUCGACAUUGCAUUUGUCCCCGAUGACCCACAACACGGGUUUGUAUUGGGAACGAGGCAGACUCUUCUGGAGACGAAAGACGGGGGAGCUACUUGGUUUCCGCGAUCCAUAGCUUCAGCCGAGGAAGAAGACUUCAAUUACAGGUUUAAUUCCAUUAGCUUCAAAGGAAAGGAAGGUUGGAUUGUCGGGAAGCCUGCGAUUUUGUUGUACACGCCUGAUGCCGGCGAAACCUGGAAGAGGAUACCGCUGAGUGCUCAGCUCCCUGGAGACAUGGUGUACAUUAAGGCAACUGGAGAUCAAAGCGCGGAGAUGGUCACUGACGAAGGUGCUAUCUAUGUUACAUCAAAUAGGGGAUAUAACUGGAAGGCUGCAGUUCAGGAGACCGUUUCAGCUACGCUGAAUAGAACAGUUUCUAGUGGUAUUAGUGGUGCAAGUUAUUAUACAGGAACCUUCAAUACUGUUAAUCGGUCUCCAGAUGGAAGGUAUGUUGCUGUCUCCAGCCGCGGCAACUUCUAUAUGACAUGGGAGCCUGGUCAGGCAUUCUGGCAGCCACAUAAUAGAGCUGUAGCAAGAAGGAUUCAAAACAUGGGAUGGAGAGCUGAUGGGGGUCUUUGGCUUCUUGUUCGUGGAGGGGGGCUUUAUCUCAGCAAGGGAACUGGGAUAACUGAGGAUUUUGAAGAAAUCCCUGUGCAAAGUCGUGGUUUUGGCAUUCUUGAUGUUGGUUACCGCUCUCAGGAGGAGGCUUGGGCAGCAGGGGGCAGUGGAGUGUUGUUGAGAACCACCAACGGAGGCAAGUCAUGGAUUCGAGACAAGGCAGCAGAUAAUAUUGCUGCAAAUCUCUACUCAGUGAAGUUCAUGGAGGGAAAUCAAGGGUUCGUUCUAGGAAAUGAUGGAGUUUUGCUACGGUAUCUCGGUUAAUGUGCUCCACGUAUUGAGUUUAGGGUGCUCUCAGACACUUUCAAUACACUCUGUUCUGCAGAGACGGGGAAAGCUGUGUGUGUGAUAAAAAAGAGGAAUUUGUGUAUAUCUAUCAUGUAUUAUUACUGUCUUAGCAAACCAGAUUCUUACCCAAAAGGGAACCAAUGGAAAUGGAUUGAGACUGUGGAACAAAGAACAUCAAGUAAGCUUGAUGUUAAAAUGAGUUUUGUGUAUAAUCAAAAGUUUACCUGGGAAGCUCGGAACCAGUCAAUGCUAAAGCUGUGACUAGUUACGUCUCUUAACAAUUUUGUCCCUUACUGCUGUUAGUUUCGUUACAGCAUCACUUAUGCCCAUUCGUUCUCUUGCAAUUUCAUUUGAACAUUCAACCGCAACUUGUAUAAUCGAAACCACUGCCUCUGCGAACACCUGCUUUUCAUUCGUUCUCGAUCUGCUGCUGUUGUCAUCUUGUCUUGGAUCAAUGUAGUCUGCUGCAUUAUCACCCAGAGCCGCUGCAAAGUUGUGGAGAUUCAACCCGUCUCUGAAUGUUUCAUCAGUUGGCCUUCUCCCUGUGAACAUCUCCAGCAAGAGGAUGCCAUAGCUGUACACAUCUCCAUUGGUGGACACUUCACUCCCCAUUCCGUACUCUGGCGCGCUAUAGCCAACUGUUCCUCGAACAGCAAUUGAAGAAGAGUUUGUCGUAUGAUUUGAUGGAGCGUUGAGCUCCACUUGUGGAAGGAACUUUGCUAACCCAAAGUCUCCAAUGUGUCCCAGCAUAUUGACAUCGAGCAGGAUAUUGCUAGGCUUGAGAUCACAAUGCACUACAGGUACUCCACUCUCGUUAUGAAGAUAAUCCAGUGCAAUGCCAACAUCAAUGGCUAUGUUCAACCUUUGAAGGAGACUCAACUCUGCCCUCCUUUCUGUUGGUUGUUCAUCAAGAAGCCCUGGAUGAAGCCAUUCCUCCAAGCUCCCAUUAACCAUAAACUCAUACACCAGGGCCUUGAAAUCAUUGCCUUGAAAGUCGAUUCCUGAACACACAGUCAACAACUUAACUAGAUUUUUGUGCCUGAUGUUCUUCAGCACUUCGCAUUCUGCUACAAAGCUCUUGAACGCUCGGGAAUGAUGAAGGUUCAGCACUUUGACUGCAACAAAUAUCUUGUUGGCGUCAUCUAUGGCUAUAAGCCCCUUGUAGACAGAGCCAUAGCUACCGACUCCGAGCAAAUUAGCAGGCGAAAAUCCAUCAGUGCCUUGGAGUAGAUUAUGAUAUGUCGGCCCCAAAAGUGUGUACCCAGUAAACGGUGAAGCUGCUUCGGGGUCUUUGAUUUUCUUCCUCAAGAGACAAAAGUAGAGGAAUGAAACAAGCACAGUGAGCCCCAAGAAACAACUUACAGUCGAUAUUAUGAUCUUUACUAUCGUGUUGAGACCGCCUUUUUUGGACCUCUCCGUAAGGCAUUUUGGUAAUCCAAACUCUGGCAUUCCCCCACAGAGCUCUUUAUUUCCUGCAAUCAAAGUCGUGGUUGAAUUCCUGAACACGCCCUGCAUUGACAGGGCCCCUUGGAAAUGGUUGUAGGACAAGUUGAGGGUCAGCAGCGAACUGAAAUCCUGCAGAAAGUCUGGGAUUUUUCCUGAUAAGUUGUUGCGAGAGAGGUCCAGAAGCGCUAAACCUUUGAGCGUCCUAAGAGAUGAAGGGAUAGAACCCUGAAACAAGUUUCCCAUCAGGUUUAGGUUCUCUAGUCUCACGCAUCUCCCUAUACUCAACGGGAUUGAACCGGAAAGCACAUUAUUGCUGAGAUCAAGUCGACCAAGGUUGACCAAGCUUCCGACUUCCUCAGGAAUCCGACCACUCAACCUGUUCCUUGAAAGAUCAAGAACACGACUCAAGUCCGGGAGAUUGAGAAUCUCCGGCGGAAUCUCCCCGCUGAGAUUGUUGUCUGCCAAAUACAGCACCGUCAUAUCCUUACAUUUCCCGAAACUCGCCGGAAUCUCACCUUCUAGUUGAUUCCCUUGCAGCCAGACCCCGAGUAACGUGGUUGAAUUUCCGAUAUUGGAAGGAAUGCUUCCUGACAGGCUGUUGUUCUGAACCUGAAGAGUCAUGAACUUGGGGAGCAUCCCCAAUUCAACAGGCAGAUUGCCGGAAAGACUGUUGCCCAAGAAAUCCAGCUGUUCCAAGUUGACUAGCUUGUCUAGCCCCGCCGGAAUAGUUCCGGUGAUCAUCGGGUUGAAACGUAGGCUCAGCCUGACGAAAGUGGUGGAGUAGUUGCUUAUGCUGUGAGGCAAUUCGCCGGAGAAAUUGUUCAAUCCGAUGUUGAUCCCUUGGAGAAAGGUGCUGUUGGUCAAGGAAUGGAGGAACAACAGAUCAUCUUCUACACCUCCACUUCCUAAGCUGUUGUUCAUCAGUCCCAGGAAUUGAAUCCUGUUCAGCUUUGACAAAGAAGGCACUCCGCCGUGGAAAUAGUUGUGGCCCAACUCGAAAGCUUGCAGGUUCGUUGCGUUGGAGAUUGACCCAGGAAUUCGACCGGAGAAAUUGUUGUAAGCCACGUUGAGAUGGACCAGAUUCGGCAGAGUGAACCCGAUAUCCGGAGGCAGAGUUCCGGUGAGUUGAUUUUCAAUGAUGCUUAUGGUGUGAAUGGAAGAGGAGUUGAAGAAUUGAAGUGGGAAUGAACCCGAAAACCGAUUCGCCCCAAAACUAAUUAAACCUAGGUCUCUCAAUCGGGCCAGAGACUCGGGAAUUCCGCCGACGAAUUCAUUCCUAGCCGCGGAGAUCGUCUGGAGGGAAGACGCGUUGCCGAAGCAGGAAGGGAAAUUCCCGCUCAAGUUAUUGAAAGGAAUCGAGAGUAACUGGAGGUUGAUGAGAUUGCAUAGCUGUAACGGGACUUCGCCGGCCAAGCUGUUGAAGGCAACUCCCAAUCUGGUGAGAUUCGAGCAGGCGGAGAGGUUCGGCGGUAUGGAGCCGGAGAUGGAAUUCUGAAAUAGAACCAGCACCUCAAGGCGUUGCAGACGGCCGAUUUCCGGCGGGAUUUCGCCGGAGAUGGAGUUGUUGUUGAGGAUAAGGUGGGUUAAGAAGGUCAGGUUGCCGAUGUGUGGGGAGAUUGAGCCGCUGAGUUGGCUUAACUUGAGGUCGACUUGGGUUACUCUCUCUUCUUCCUCGUUGUUGCAGGUUACUCCCUGCCAUUGGCAGAAAUGGAGGCUUUGGUUCCAUGAGCUCAGAGCUCCAAGUGGGUCUACCAGUGUGGAUUUGAGUUGGAGAAGUGAUAGUCUGUCGGUUUCGUUGCCGCCGGCGCCGGUCGCCGGCUGAAUAUGUCUCCGUGAUACUACAAGAAGGAUAAGCAAGAGAAUCGGGAGAGUGGACGUGGCCAUGUUUGUUUUCUUUACAGGUUUGUUGAGUGCAGAGGCAGAACCCAGAAGGGUUACAAUAAUACGGUGGUGCGAAGAACAUACGUGGGAAGCUUACAUUUAAAGGUUGUGAUCAUUGAAUUGUAUUGAAUUGAAUUGGGGGAAGGAAUUCUGUGGGAAAAAGAGAAGAAGUUAGG